UGUGCUUGUGCGACAAUUGAAACGUGCAAUACGUGUAUUUGAAACGACGCUUGAAGUUGAAUCCACCAUGAGCGAUUAAGGUGGACAGCGACUGCUUGUUCUUCAUAUUGUAAUGAGGAAAGUGGCGAAGUGGAAUAAUGCGAUACGAAGGGGAGCAUAAUGAUUAUGUAGGAGUGUUCAGCCAAGCAGGGAGGAGGCUAUUCCAGCAAAGAGCAUCGCCCACAGUCUAACACGACAGUCCACAGUCCUCCUUCCUCUCUACAUGAGCACCAACACAUGAAGAUACAGGAUUCGCCAGAAGUUGACUCUACAAACAAGCUCCACGCAAGAUGACGCAGCAGGUGUGGGCCAGUUCUACUGAGGCGAGCCGGCCUGAGUAGCGUGACACUGUGUGGGAGAUGAAGACUGUUCUUCCGGUGAGCGGAGGCAGUGAUGGCGGGGAGUCCCACAGCCUCAGCACAAAGGUGGGCAGGGUGAAGAAGCUUCUCGGGCUGAGGCUGAAUCGCUGUGUGGACGCACAUGUGGACACGGAGCCUGGCGUGUGGCUGAGGAGCUUCCAGUUGUUAGAUAGUGAUGGACAGUGUGAGGACCCAGUGCAAGAAUGGGGGGAGGAGGAGGAGGAUGGUAUUGUGUUUGGCAUCACGCUGCGUCGGGAGCCUGCCCUGCCGAGCUUGGACACGGCGGAUGCCUGCUUGGCCUUCAGCAAUGCCCAGUACCACACAGUGAAGUUGCGCAGAGUUAAAGCUGGCACCCUGGAGCGACUGGUCACCCACCUGCUGGAUCCCAAGCAUCAAGAGCCUGACUACGUCCAUGUUUUCCUCUCCACCUACAGAGCCUUCACCUCUCCCAAUAACUUCAUCCAGCUACUCUUUCAGAGAGAUGACUCAAACACCAGUCAUGAUAAAAUUGUCUCCUGGCAAAGUGCUUUACUCCCAGUGAUCAAAAUGUGGUUGAUGGAAUACAGUGCUGACUUCAAUGAGCCUCCUCAGUACAAGGCCCUCCGGUUGAUAUGUGUUCACCUGCGUCAUCACCUCUGCUUUAGACGCGUGGCUCAGACUGCAGAGAGCCUGCUCAAAUCGCUCCAGGAACAAGAUUGCAGCCAGUUUGUGUCAGUGGACGACACUGACUCAAUGCAGCAGGACCACAGAGAGCUGCUCUACAGUGAGGAAGACAAACACAUCUUUAUGAACUUCCCUGUCAGUGACGUAGCGGAACAGCUCACCAGAUUGGACAGGGAACUGUUUGUCCAAGUGGUACCUUUUCACUGCCUGGGCUGUGUGUGGUCGCAACGGGACAAGAAGGAAAACCGGAAUGUGGCACCAACCAUCCGUGCCACCAUCUCCCAGUUCAAUGCCGUCACCAACCGUGUCAUCACUUCACUGCUUUGCCCAUCCUCUCUGUGCCCAUCGACAUCCUCUCCAAUCUCAUCACCUGGCUCCUCUUUGAAGUUCCUUUACCCUUUGAGUGCCCCAGCUUCACCUCAGCCCAUUCACAGCAGUCCUUCCCGCAGAGCAUGCAUCAUUGAGUGGUGGAUCAGUGUUGCACAGGAGUGCAGGCGAUUGAAGAAUUUUUCUUCAUUGCGGGCCAUCCUCUCAGCCCUACAGUCCAACUCUGUGUACCGCCUCAAGAAGACCUGGGCGGCUGUCAGCAAGGAAAGCAUGGCCACCUUUGAACAUCUGUGUGAGACAUUUCCUGAUGAGAACUGUGUGCUGGCCACUAGAGAUAUCCCGAAAGAGGACGGAAUUCAGUCAGAGAGUUGCAUCACUCCCAGCUCGAAAUCACCUCCUUUCUGUUCCAAACAAACGCAGAAAUGUGGUAUUAUCCCUUACCUGGGCUCUUACCUGACUGUGCUCACGAUGCUGGAUACAGCUUUCACUGACACUGUGGAGGGUGGACUGAUCAACUUUGAGAAGCGCAGACGGGAGUUUGAGAUUGUCUCUCAGAUUCGACAGCUUCAAGCUUCCUGUUCCCACUACCAGCUUCCUGUUGACCCUCACAUAACCAACUGGCUGGAGACGCACACACUCCUCACUGAUCAGGAGAGCUAUGAACUGUCUCGUGAGCUGGAACCUCCCACUGAUCCAUGUCCCAACUCCCCCAAUUUAUGGAGCAGUCGACUGCUGACUAAGAAGCUCACUUCAUUGCGCAAAAACAGUGACAGUUCUCUGGAGAAGACUCAAGCCGACCAGAUGAGCAUGUCGUCUUCGAGCUCCAGCAGCUCAGACAUGGACGACCUCAGCGCCUCUCAGUUGUCCCCACUCGUACUCAAACUCAAGUCCCUCUCCAGCUCAAUGCACAACGUCACAGAGGUCUACACUUCCAUUUCCUCCUCCACUUCUCCAAGCCUUUCCAGCUCCCCCUACAGCUCCUCCCAUCCGGACCUGAGCUGCUCCUCCAUGGCACUUAGCCCUGACUCCUCAUGCUCCUCCAGAAUCUCCACGCAGUCUGUGCUGCCAGUCUACAACAAACAGCUUGCCGACACAUGCAUCAUCAGAGUCAGCGUGGAGUGUGUCAGCAACGGCAAUGUCUACAAAAGCAUUCUGCUGACCAGUCAGGAUCACACACCUGAGGUCAUUCAGAGAGCUCUUGACAAACACAACCUUGGCAAUUUCAACUGUCAGGAUUUCAGCCUCUGCCAGAUGCUCAACAACGGAAAAGAGCUCCACAUCCCUGACAAAGCCAAUGUUUAUUACGCCAUGUGUACGAAAGCCAACUAUGACUUUGUCCUGCACGGGCGCUGGAGAAGCCACGGGAGACAUCAGGGCUCCUCCUCCAGCCCUGGAGCUCAACCCAGGGUCCGCCACACUAAGUGAAAAGCAUGUGUCCUAGGUAAAACAUAAAAGGACAUCCCAGACCAACAACAACAACCUUUUUGGAUCUUUUCUUCUGUUUGAUGGAAAGAGAAGAGAACAUGGAUUGAAAGUGCCCACAGUGCAUGAAUGCUGCACAUUUGGAUGUUGGUGCAACUUCCUCAGCCUUCACUGCAGCUUCAUCCAAGCAUCCAUGCUAACACCAGAACUGCUUCACCUCAGCAAGCUUUAGGCUCUCUCUCAUAAGGCUGGAUGAGAUCGGAGCUUUUUGCACAAGUACCAUUCAAGUAUUCUCUCGAGAGGACAGGAAGUAGAAGCUCUGCGAGCCACAGCUCACGGGGCAAUGUGAAAUAUCUGCAAUAUCAGUUGUGCUGAGCACACUUUUUUUCUAAUUUUAGUAUUUAUUCACUUGUCUUUCUUUUCAAAUGUUUUAAUUUAUCAACUAAACUAUUAUGUUGGCAUCAGUGUUCUGAUUCACAGCAUUAUUUAUUUAGUUAGCUAUGUAUUUGAAAUCUCCAUGAGAGCUUUUAGACAUAUUAGUUGUCGUACAAAAUGAGUGUUGAAGUGUGUGCCAUUGUCAAAUGAAGGACACCACGUGUGUCAAGUGGAUGAUCGAGGUCCUCGUAAGUGAAAAGGCAAGUGUCAGAGUAUGUGUGUUGACAUGUCACGUGAUGGUAAAGCCUGCGGAAAUGGAAUCAGGGCACCGUGAUUCACAUGUGUCCACAGGUGAACACCGGGUGCAGCUUGAAAAUAACUCAUUUGGAAGAGAUCCAAACUAAGGCCAUGCAGGAAGUUCUUUAGUUUCUCUCUUGUCUGUUUUUUUAUAUUUGUAGUGAAGUCAUCCAUGUUACUGUUUGCACGUUUUACUUAAGACCAUCAACUUAUAUAGAUUUUUAUUUUUAUCCAUGCACUUACUGUUUGAAAUGAAUACGAAACAUCUGCUAAUAAAGACAUGUUAUUGUUGAUCAUAACGCUGGAAAUGGAAUUUGACUCCUUACGUGACCAUUAAGUUAUACACCAUGCAGGCCAGGUGCAUCCAAAGUGUGGCGUGUUAUUUGAUUGGGCCUCUGAACAUCUAAUUGUAUGAUGAGAUAUUGCAGUAAUAUAACUACGGCUGUCAAAUGAUUCACAUUUUCAAAUCAGAUAAUCACUUAACGAACAGAAAGAUAAAUGACAGGACAGGGUGAUAUAUGUGUAUAUAUACAGUAUGUAUAUGUGUGGUUGUAUUAACAAGAGCCGGAUGUGUUGUGAUGUCCGGAGUUCAAGGUGUUCAUCAGUGCACCUUAAGAAUGAGGAAGUUAUGUUCCGAGGAAGAACGGAGCGACAUGUUUGUGAGUUGGGGAUGCAUACUGUAUGUGUUGGAAUUGCACUGCUGUUGACGUGUUCAGGUCAGAAUGAAGUCACACAAUAGCGUCAGACGUUGUGUGAGUCUGUGGUGACGCUACAUUGUAUGUGCAUAUGUGCAGUAUAUUAUGUUAUAUACUGUAUGUUGUUACACAUGUUGAUCUCGUUUCUUUUUUUUGCAUUGUGAAGCCCUACCUGCAGCCUUAACAUCCAUUGCCAUUGCCAUUUUUCAACUGACUUAAUUUUGGAUCAUUUUGGAUCAGGAGGGGAUUAUGUACGUUCACUGGCCAGAAUAUUAGGUACACCUGCAGAACUGAAAGACGGGAUACGAUGGAGUGUUAGGACCACAUUUAAAACAUUUAAUAAUCUGACAUUUUUUGAAUAAAGUCGUAAAUUUACGAGAAUAAAGUCAGACAUUUACGAGAAAAAAAGUCGUAUUAUUAGGAGAAUAAAGUAAAAAAUUACGGGAAAAGAAGUCGCGAGAGGGGAAAAUAGAGCGUAGCUCUUCAGGAAGGAAGGAAACUUUGCUCUUGCUUCAGGCAAGCUUUUGUUUAUAACGUAGCAGAAAAACACAACAGUUGAGCAUAAACAGAUUAGCCCCUUUUCACUUCCGCUAUGUUUACCUCGCCCCCUCCA